AAUUGUUUCGUAGUCGUGCGUGAUACCCGUAGCCCGCUUACGCUGGUCGUUAUCAUAGAGCUACGGGGUUCUUUGAACCUCGUUAAACUUUGAUGUGUCGGAGAUCUGAUCACCGCGAGAUGAUUGUUUUAUACGAAAGUUUCAAGACAGGCGCGAUCGGGAUUUCGAAUACUAGUAGAUUUAUCAUGUUUAAUAAUCGCUAGUUUACGGUAGUUCAGUUUUAUAUAAAUGUCUAUAUAAUAAGUUUGAGAAGUUUACUGUGAUUGAAAAUUGAUUUCACAAAUUGCGCUACCUAUAAUCGUUGGCGUGGUAGUACAAUAUCUCAAUAAUCGAAUUUAUAAAAUUGUAACAUUAACGAGUUGCUCGUGUUUGUAUAUAACGAAUCGGAAUUGUAAAUAAGAAGUUUUUAAUCCAAUUUUCCAUCUGUCUUAAUUACGUUCUCUCUUUAAUUAAUGGUUCCCGCGCGCAACAAUAUGUUUCUCGUUUGCGUGACCGUGGGACUCGUCUUUUUGGCGUCGAAGUAUCGCAACAACGUGCUUCGUAGCGUCAAACACUUGUAUAAAAAUAUUAAAAAUCGAGAUAAAAAUCGGAACGAUAAUAGCUAUAAAGAUAAAUCCGAGGAAGAUGCAGAUAAUAAAGAUUUAAAUAAUAAUGAGAAUAACGAUGACAACAAAGAAAUUAAGCUUAUAUUAGACAAGAUUAUUCUGGCAGACUCUCCGGAGAAAUGCGAUUACGCCGUACAACGUAUUCGCUGUAAUCUGUCUGAUGGCGUACUUGGUUUUGAUUGCGAAUGGGUCAAAGAAGGACCAGUUUCUCUGUUACAAUUGGCUACUUUUAAUGGAGUAGUAGCUCUAUUUCGCAUCGGAAAGAUCGGAUAUAUUCCACUUAAGCUUAAGGAAUUAUUAGCUAGUAAGCACAUCCUAAAAGUUGGAGUUGCUUCCUUCGAAGAUGGACAAAAGAUAGUGAAGGAUUAUGGAUGUAGAGUUAAUGGAACUCUUGAUUUACGAACUUUAGCUGAAAACUUCCAUUUACCAAGUCGAAAAAGUUUAGCUGCCAUGAGUUUAGAAUAUCUUAACAUUGAGAUGGACAAAAUAAUAGAAGUGAGGUGCGGUGACUGGGACGCUAGCACCCUAUCAGACGAACAAGUGGCAUAUGCUGCUUGUGAUGCACUUGCAUCGGUUAUCAUUUAUCAUAAAAUAAUGCAAAAAGAGAGAAAAAAGUAUUCAUUCUGGCAGAGAAUAGGAAUUUAUUUGUAUAAUAUAUUGAGCAAUGAUGUAAAUGUACGGAUUCAUGGCGUGCCUGCUAAUACAGUUGAUACGAGGUUCAAAACUCAGCGAUCACCAAGUGUAGAUAGUACUAACAAUACUAAUAUUAAAAAAAAAUCAUCAACAUUGGAUAAAGAUGAUAGUAACGAACAUAAAAAUACGAUUCCUACAAGGAUCAAACCAUUAUAUCAUAAUUGUUACUUACAAGCGCCUGAUGGAGAUAUAUUGUGUACAUGCGACCGUAAAAAGGCGGAAUGGUAUAUUACGAAAAAAUUGGGGGAACUUGUGGAGACAGAACCAUAUACAGUAAGAUUAAAUUUUGAACCAUCUGGUCGAGCAUUAGGAGAAGUUGGGCAAUAUUAUACGCAAGUAAAGAUUAAUCAAUGUGUAGUCUGUGGAUGCACAGAGAAAUUUAUUAGGAAGAACGUCGUGCCGCGAGAGUACCGGAAAUAUUUCCCAUUGGUAAUGAAGGCACAUCAAUCUCACGAUGUGUUACUACUGUGCCCAUCUUGCCAUGAAAUCAGCAAUAAUCAUGAUCUGCAGCUCAGAAGAAAGUUAGCAGACAUGUGUGAUGCACCACUGAUUGGACCGAUGACGCAUGUACGGGAUAAAUACAUGCACAACUAUCGGAAUUUACAUUCCGCUGUUAAGGCCUUGAAGGAAAGAAUAUUAUUACCUCCGCGACGACGCGAAGAGCUUGAGAAAUGCAUACUAGAACAUACAGGACAACAAAAAGUUACUCCAGAUUUACUUAAUGCCCUGAGCGAACAAUUGAAGAAUGCAUUGAUGCAACCAGUUUCUAAUCAGUACAAAUGUCAGCCACAUGGCUUGAAGGUUGUACAAUAUUUUCAAAAGAAAGAAGGUGGACUUGUUGAAUUGGAACGUAUGUGGAGAGAACAUUUUCUUAAUGUAAUGGAACCAAAAUACUUGCCAAGUUUAUGGUCUGUACGCCACAAUCAAGAGCGAUUGAUCAUACGCCAGGCACAGAAUAGAAUUGAACCGCAAGAUGCGAAAGUAGCUGGAUUAACGAACUAGCGCUAUAAUGAAAACUGUAGCUAAAAAAGAAGUUUCGUAAAAGAGCGAGAACUUGACAAAUUUUUAUAUAAAUCAAUAUAUCUCCUGAAUAUACGUACAUAUAUACAUGGAUA